AUGCCUGUAAAACGGUUCAAGAAGCUCCGAAGGUUCAUGCAUUUUAUUGAUAACCUCCAGCCAGUUGAAACUGACAGAGCCUACAAGAUAAAACCUGUUCUUGAGCACAUUCGGAGCAAAUGCAAGGCCACAGAGAGCGAAAAUCUCUUCUCCAUUGAUGAGAUGAUGAUCCCGUACAAGGUUAAAAAGGCGGGGAACCUGAGGCAGUACCUCCCCAAAAAACCUAAAAAGUGGGGCUUCAAACUGUUUGUACGUGCGGGUGUUUCUGGGAUGGUUCAUGACUUCAUUCUGUACACCGGCGCAACGACAUUUGAAGGUAUCAGACUUGCAGAAGAGGAUGAGGCGCUUGGUCUCGGCGCAAAGGUUGUGUUGCACUUGUGCGAGAGCAUUUCUCGUCCAAAUGAGAGCAUCGUCUACUUUGAUAAUUUCUUCACUUCGCUGGAACUGAUCUCACGACUGAAAGAAAGGUAUUCUUUGCACAGUCUCGGCACCAUUCGAAGCAACAGGCUUCGAGGCUGCUCCCUAAAGGAUGACAAGUCACUGCUGAAAGAGGGAAGAGGCAGCUUUGACUACAAGGUGGACAAUGUGGCAGGACUUGCAGUCGUGAAAUGGGCUGACAGCAAGACUGUAACACUUGCAAGCUCUUGUGUCUCACAAGACCCAGUGGAAACAGCGAACAGGUUUGACAAGAAGGAGCGUCAAAAGAUUCCAGUUUCUUGCCCACAAAUCUUGAAACAGUACAACAUUCACAUGGGCGGUGUUGACCUUGCAGACAUGUACGCAGCGCUUUAUCGCACCCCAUUCCGCACAAAUUGA